AUGCUGGCAGAGCUAGGAUCCUGUUUGCUGCUGGCCGUGGCUUUGCUGGGCCCAGGGCCCAGGGCUCAAGCCAUGAAAGGUGUCAAAUGUGGGGGUGUGCUCUCAGCACCUUCUGGAAACUUCUCCAGCCCCAACUUCCCCAGGCUCUACCCCUAUGACACGGAGUGCAGCUGGCUGAUCGUGGUGGCCGAGGGCUCCUCUGUGCUGCUCACCUUCCACGCCUUUGACCUGGAGUUCCAUGACACCUGCGCCUUUGACUUCCUGGAGAUCUAUAACGGGGCGGCCGGAGACAAGGGCAACCUGCUGGGGAGGUUCUGUGGCCAGGUGCCCCCGCCACCUUUCUCCUCCUCGUGGCACGUCAUGUCUGUCGUCUUCCACUCAGACAAGCACGUGGCCAGCCACGGCUUCUCUGCCGGCUACCAGAAAGAUGUGUGCGGUGGAGUCCUGUCAGGCCUGUCGGGGGUCCUCACCAGCCCCGAGUACCCCAACAAUUACCCCAACAACGUGGAGUGCCGCUGGGUGAUCCGGGCGGCUGGCCCCGCCACCGUCAAGCUGGUGUUCGUGGACUUCCAGGUGGAGGGCAACGAGGAGUGCACCUAUGACUACGUGGCCGUGCUCGGGGGGCCAGGCCCCGCCCGCGGGCAUCACUACUGUGGCAGCACCAGGCCCCCCACCCUCGUAUCCCUGGGCCACGAGCUGCAGGUGGUCUUCAAGUCUGACUUCAACAUCGGAGGCCGGGGCUUCAAGGCGUACUAUUUCUCAGGAGAAUGCCAGGAGGUGUUCACCUCCAUGCGGGGUAACUUCUCCAGCCCGCAGUACCCUGGAUCCUACCCCAACAAUAUCCGCUGCCACUGGACCAUCCGCCUGCCUCCUGGCUACCGGAUCAAGAUCUUCUUCCUCGAUCUGGACCUGGAGGAGACCAACAGCCUGACCAGAAACUGUGACUUUGACCAUCUGGCGGCCUUUGACGGGGCCAGUGAGGAGGCACCGCUGCUGGGGAGUUGGUGUGGCCACCACCUGCCACCACCUGUCACCUCCAGCCACAACCAGCUCCUGCUCCUGCUGCACACAGACCGUAGCACCACCCGCAGGGGCUUCUCGGUGGCCUACAUCGGAGGUCAGCUGGGGAGGGGGUGGGUGUGCUGGUGGGGGGAAAGCCAGGCACUCAAACCUGACUCCUGUGCAGAAGCCCCCACCUCAGUGCUCUGCCCAUCCCACCCCUUACCGCACCUCCCAGCCCAGUUCCCAGCGGGAGCGGAGGGUCAGACAGGGGCACGUGUGCUGGCGAGGCUCCAGCUGCAGCCCAGGGUUGCAGGCGGCCUUCCCGCUGGGAGGGCUGCCUCGGCAUCAAUCAGGGGUGACACACAGUUCAGCACCACCGCCAUCACCGUGGGAGACGUGGUGCCAAUGAACGUGAGCUGCUCCCGCACUGACUUCCAGAUCCUGAUCUCAGCACAGACACUGGCCCCACUGGAACGGACCAAGGUCUAUCUGGGCAGCCGGAGCUGUGCUGCCCAGGAAGUCGGCAGCAACUUCCGGAUCCAGGCGCGCUUUGACACUUGUGGCACUGAGUCUCAGAGAAGGAACAACACCUCCGUGAUCGUCAGCGUGCUGUACAUCGACUUCUCGGCUGGUGAGCAGGAGGACAUCCACGAGUACGAGGUCCUCUGUGAGCCUCGGCGCAAGGAGGCGUCUGUCCACCUGCUAUCUGGCUCCGACUGGCUGGGGCCCUAUGCUGCCACUGCUGAGCACCUGCAGGAGGCACCACCCAGGUCUGAGGCAGAAGCUUUGGAAGGCUCAGUGGCCAUGGUGACCCAGGACACCAGUGACAUCGUCUUCCUGGGCCUUUGCAUCCUGGCCGGAGUCCUCAUGGUCAUUGCCAUUGUGGUCCUGAUGCUGCUGUGA